AUGGACGGCACCACCGACCCCCAGCCACGCCGCUACAAGUCUCCCUCCGACCUCGCCCGCGCACCACCCUCCUCCCCACCCCGCACCGCGCGCAUCACCUCCACCAGCACCACCACCAUCACCACCACCCGCCGCAAUUCGCCCUACCUGCCCACCCCGACCGAGCUCGCCCUCCUCGCGCUCUACCCGGCCAUCCUGCUCUUCGGCGCCGUGUACGCCGUCCUCUCCCCGACCGUGCCCUACCCCGCCGCGGCGGGCCAACAACAACAACAACCUCCUCCACCGCCCCCCUCCUACUUCGCCCGCAAGGACAACCUGCUCAACACGCUCUUCGUCAAGCGCGGCUGGGCCUGGAUCACCCUCGCCUUCGCCUCCUUCGUCGUCACCCAUCCUGCGCUAGCGGGUCGUCGCCGCCGGCUGCGCCUGCUGCGCGCCGCCGUCCUCCGCUGGGCGCUGGUCACCGUCUGGUGGGUGUUUGUCACGCAGUGGUUCUUCGGCCCCGCGCUCAUCGAUCGCGGGUUUCGAUGGACCGGCGGCAAGUGCGAGGCUGUAGCGACGGUGGUGGGGGAGGGGCGGGAGGGGCCAUCGCCCGCGGGCGUCGUCAAGGAGGUGCUUACCGCCGCGGCGUGCAAGGCGUCGGGGGGCCGGUGGAGCGGGGGGCAUGAUAUCAGCGGGCAUGUGUUUCUGUUGGUGCUGGGGAGUUUCUUUCUGGUGCAGGAGGUCGGGUGGGUGGUUGCGAGGUGGGGGCGGUAUCUCGGGGAGGAGAGGUGUGUGGUGAUGAGGGACGGGGCGGUCAAGGGCGCUGCGGUGGAGGCUGAACGCGAAGGCGGGGGGCGGAUGGAGGGUGUGGAGGAGGGGGUCGGGCUUCCGGUGCUGGAGGCGUUGGGGCUUGGAGGACGGUUCGCGGCGGCGGUGGUGGGGUUGUGCGUGUGGAUGCUGCUCAUGACGGCGAUUUACUUCCAUACGUGGUUUGAGAAGCUUACGGGUCUCUUGGUCGCCCUGGCUGGGCUGUAUGUCACGUAUGUCCUCCCGCGCUGGGUGCCGGCGCUGCGUGGCAUCGUCGGACUGCCGGGGAUCUGA